CUCUGCAAGCAAAGAUGGCACACAAGCUCGCCAGUACGCAGCCUUCUUGGAAGAAGCUCGAGCAGCUCUACCAGUCCAAGGGCAAGGCAUUCAACCUCAGCAAGGCCUUCAGCGCUGAUCCCAAGCGAUUCGAGGAAUACUCGCGCCAGUGGUCGGGCAAGACGACCGACGCCUCGCUACUCGUCGACUUCAGCAAGAACCUGAUCGACGAUGAGAUUUUCUCGACCCUUUUGAGUCUCGCAAAGGAAGCCGAGGUGGAGAAGCAGCGGGACGAGAUGUUCGAAGGCAAGCCCAUCAACACCUCCGAGGGCAGAUCGGUCCUCCACAUUGCCCUCCGCGACCUUAGCGACGAUUUCAAGCCUCCCGUUGAGGGCGUCGACGAGGUCAAGCCCGAGCUGGCCCACAUGAAGAAGUUCAGCGACGCCGUUCGGUCAGGAGAGUGGAAGGGCUACACGGGCAAGCCGAUCAAGUCGAUUGUCAACAUCGGCAUCGGAGGCUCCGAUCUCGGACCCGUCAUGGUGACCGAGGCUCUCAAGCCGUACGCAAAGCGAGACCUGGCCGCCCACUUUGUCUCCAACAUCGACGGCACCCACAUGGCCGAGGCACUGAGGCAGUGUGACCCUGAGACGACGCUCUUCAUCGUCGCCUCCAAGACCUUCACCACCCAGGAGACAAUCACCAAUGCCACGACGGCCCGCGACUGGUUCCUCAAGGCCGCCGGCGACAAGUCGCACGUUGCCAAGCACUUUGUUGCUCUCUCCACCAAUGUCAAGGCUGCGACCGAGUUUGGCAUUGCCAAGGAGAACAUGUUCAAGUUCUGGGACUGGGUUGGAGGCCGCUACUCGCUGUGGAGCGCAAUUGGUCUCUCCAUCUGCCUCGUCGUGGGCUACGACAACUUUGAGCAGUUGCUCAAGGGUGCCCAUGACAUGGACGUCCACUACAAGACGGCGCCCCUCGAGCAGAACAUUCCCGUCAUCUUGGCCCUCCUGGGCAUCUGGUACACCGACUUUGUCGGGUGCCAGACUCACAUGCUGCUUCCUUACGACCAGUACAUGGCUCGCUUUGCCGACUACUUCCAGCAGGGCGAUAUGGAGUCGAACGGUAAGACGAUCACCAAGAACGGCGAGAGGGUCGACUACGAGACGGGUCCCGUCAUUUCGGGCCAGGCAGGCACAAAUGGCCAGCACGCCUUCUACCAAGAGAUCCACCAGGGCUCGCGCAUCAUUCCCUGCGACUUUCUCGCGCCCGUGCAGUCGCACAACCCUCUGGGCCCGCACCACGACAUUCUCAUCUCCAACUUCCUCGCUCAGCCCGAGGCGCUCGCGUUUGGAAAGAGCGAGGACGAGGUCAAGAAGGAAUUGAGUGCCUCGGACCAAUCCAACACCUUCCUCGUGAAGUCCAAGGUCUUUGGAGGCAACCGGCCAACCAACUCCAUCAUGUUUCCUAAGCUCACGCCCGCCGUGCUCGGUGCGCUCAUUGCCAUGUACGAGCACAAGAUUGCGACGCAGGGCUUCGUCUGGAGCAUCAACAGCUUUGACCAGAUGGGUGUCGAGCUGGGCAAGGUUCUCGCAAAAAAAAUCCUGCCCCUGCUCCAGUCUGGAGACGUGUCCAAGGUCGACGGCGCCGGCCACGACUCGAGCACGUCGGGCCUGACGAGGUACUACCUCCAGCACCGUGCCGCGCCCAAGUGACUCGCUUUUGGCCCUGGCCGC